AUGUCAAGUCAAGCUCGUCAAAACCAAACCUUCAUCUUGCCGGAUGGUCGCCAGCUAGGCUACGCUGAAUAUGGAGACCAUGAUGGAACACCGCUCCUCUACUUUCAUGGAUUUCCAGCCUGUCGCCUGGAAGCCUAUGCAGUCGAUGAUAUAGCCCGGCGUAGGAAGAUUCGCUUGUUAUCACUAGACCGGCCAGGAUUUGGUUUGUCUACACCACAACCCAAUCGAAGUAUCCUAGACUGGCCAACAGAUGUCUCCAACUUCGCAAAAGGUAUGCAGCUAUCACGUUUCGCCGUCAUGGGACUUUCGGGUGGAGGACCAUACGCACUUGCUUGUGCAUACGCUUUACCCCAGGAAAGUCUCAUUGGGGUUGGUCUUUUCGCGAGUGGACCUCCAUGGAUUGCCGGUGCACACCACAACUCGAGAUAUCGACGAUUGGUUAGUAGUAUGGCGAAAUAUUGGCCAGGUGGACUUAGAUUAUUCUUUGGCGGCUUGGUGGGCUUCUCGAAAUGGUUGGCGAAUACGGGGCCAAUAGCACGGACAAUUGACCGCUGGCUAGAGUUGGAAGACGAAAAGAAGGAAGUUGAGGAUCAGGGUUCGAAGCAAGAAACCGCAACCACACCUACCAGCAAGAAGACAACAUCAGAGCGCAGACUAGACUUGGUACAUGCCCUUCUCGAAGAACCUUUUGCUCAAGGAAGUCGAGCGGCAGUGGACGAGGCCAGAUUACUAAGUUCAACUGAUUGGGGCUUCUCCCUUGGGGAUGUAGGGUACAAUACGGUAAGGAUAUGGCAUGGUGCAGAGGAUAAGAAUGCACCAGUUUCUAUGAUACAUUACAUGGUGCGGAAAUUACCGCAUUGCGUCUAUCAUGAGUUCAAGGACGACACACAUUAUACAAUGUUUAAGCAUCUAGAAGGGGCCAUUGCAGAGAUUAUUCUAGAGAAAAAUGUAGAAGAUCGGACAACCUUGGAUGAGGGGACUGAGAGACGAUAA